GUCAGGAGCGGACGGGCGCUGUAGAGGAAUCUCAAAACUUUCCCACUUCAGGAAAAGUUUAAUUUUUUGCUUCGCUGGGUCAGCUCUCUCUCAACCUGUAACUGGAGGUGUUAAUAACUUCUGCGCUUCCUUGUCCUGUUUUGAGGAAACAAAAAUAGAUGCAAACGACUGACUGGAAGCGAGAGGAAAACUUUAGGAAUGAUGCCCGAACGGCUGCAUCCCUCCCUCCUCCGAAACUCAGCUAAGGUGGCUAACGUUAGCUAGCACAGGAACCGCUCGCUAACGGGUGAUGGGAAACUUUUCUUCAACCUUAACAAGUCAAAGUUAGUUUAGCUGUAGCAGAAAAAGACGCGUGAGUAUUAAAAAAAAGGUUGUGAAAGUAAAAUUAUCCUGGCGCGGUCCAGGUUAUACAAUAAGGCUAAUCAGCUAGCUUAUUGGAUCAGAAUCCGGUAAAGUCGCAAAGAGGAUUCAAUAAUACGACACACCUCUAGUUUAUUAGCGACUCCAUCAUGAAAAGAGCACAGAGGUUCAACGCUUCAAUAAACCUUGAUUAUGUUUUGACCUAACUAAACAGCAUCAUCCGUAGAGCUUGGACAGAGAUGAGAGAGCUGACCACUGCAUGCUGGUUAAAAGUGCUGCCUGCUAAAUCACAAUGACAUUUAACUGUGUAGCUCCGAAGGAAACUUUUUAAAGAAGUUGCUCUGACUGCUGUUGUUUGCAGCUUUUUUUUCCCUUCCUUUUUGUGGGUUGGAAUUAGACUUUUGUUUAGUAAACUUUGCAUUUUGGAUCCUACCGCCUCCUUGGCUUCUCUUCACCAGCACUAAACCAGAGGCUUCAUGAUGAAGGUGACAGUCAAUUUUGGACAGACAGGUGUAGUUGUGCCUUGCAAGGAUGGAUGGACUGUGAGGGACCUGAUCCAGCAAGCCACCCAGAGAUACAGGAAAAUACUGGAGCAGGAGGGGGAUUUUCUUGUUCGAACCCACCAUGUAGAGUACUGUGAUGGUGGUAUACUGGACCCUGAUGACAUACUCAGUGAUCUGGUGGAGGACAAAGACAAGCUGAUGGCGGUAUACGAGGAGCAGGAAGCCCAGCAGAGGGGUGUGACUGACUCGAGUCUGACCCCGAGCCCUGACCUGCACCAGGCGGAGCCCUCUGUUUUCCAACCAGUCACAGGAGGAGAGAUUGAAGUCAAUUCUUCAGCCCUCAAAUCUAACACACCCCUUCUGGUGAGGAGUAGCAGUGACUCAGCCCUCAGCCCGCAAUCAACAGAUACCGAGCCCUCCUACAGCGAGGAUAGCAGCACCAUGGCAGCCAGUCCUGAUGUGGAGGGGCCUACUGGGAUGAAACGAGCUCAAGGCAAACAGACCUUUAGCAGCAGUCUGACCAGAACAGUAGAGAUCCCGGGGGAAGACAGUCCUCUUGGUAUCCAUGUAGUUCCCUACUGCUCUUCAUUCAGUGGACGGUCUCUUGGUUUGUAUAUCCGUGGUGUGGAAGAAGAGAGCCGCUCAAGAAAGGAAGGCUUGUUUAAAGAGGAUGAGUGCAUUGUGAAAAUCAAUAACACUGACCUCAUGGACAAGACAUUUAGCCAAUCUCAGGACAUCUUUCGUGAGGCGAUGCGGUCCCCACUUGUCCGUUUGGAAGUCGUGUCCUCAUCAAACCGAGAGCGCUAUGAGAAAAGUCUGAUUGGUCAGCUUUUGGUCAACAGUUCGGCUCCAAACAGCAGCCCUCAUCAAGUCAUCAAGACCAAACAACCACCACCGCCAGUCAAAGCCAAACCUGUGUUUAAACCUCCUGAAAAUUUAACUGCAAGAGUGGGAGAAGAACCUCCCGUUCUUGAAGCUGUCAACAGCCCUAAGGAAAGGGGGGAGAGCCCCCUCCACAGGAAAAGUCCUGCGCUGUCCAGUUUGGUGUCCAAUAAAAGAGGAGGACGAAGGCUGCAGAUUGACUUAAAGAAAGGUUCAGAGGGUCUCGGAUUUACUGUUGUAACCAGAGAUUCCUCAAUACACGGCCCAGGUCCUAUUCUAGUGAAAAACAUUCUGCCACGAGGAGCUGCUAUCAAAGAUGGACGGCUUCAGUCUGGAGACCGCAUCUUGGAGGUAAACGGUGUGGAUACCAUCGGGGUGGGCCAGGAGGAGCUGGUGUGUAUGCUCCGCAGCACUCGUCAGGGGGAGACUGUGUCCCUGGUGGUCUUACGGCAGGAUGAGAUGUUCCUUCCCAGAGAAAUGAGAGAUGAGCUGUCUCCUGUGCGUGGCAUGGUCUUAGAGAGCGGGAAAGAGCAGCUCAUGUUUGAGGUUCCCCUCAAUGACACCGGCUCGGCAGGACUUGGCGUCAGCCUGAAAGGGAACAAGUCCAGGGAGACGGGGGAGGAUCUGGGAAUCUUCAUCAAAUCCAUCAUUCAUGGAGGAGCUGCGUACAAGGACGGGCGGCUACACAUCAAUGACCAGCUCGUCGCUGUAAAUGGAGAGUCUCUGCUGGGACGCUCCAACCAUGCUGCCAUGGAGACGCUCCGACGGUCGAUGUCGCAGGAGGGAAACGUCAGAGGAAUGAUUCAGUUGGUGGUGCUGAGGACUUUAAAGGAUCAAUAUGAGGUUUCACCCAACCGCUCCUUCGACAGCUCAUCUGGCCUGUCGGGACUUAUCAGCCCAGCCAAAGGCCAAGCAUCCGAUUCUGUCCAGCCCCCACUGGUGUCCAACCCCAUCUAUUCAUGUAGUGUGACCAAUGGGAGCUAUUUUCACAUGGAUGAAGAGGAAGAUGAGGGAGAUCUCUACAGACAAGAUGCUGAGAUCAGCAGCUCUAACCACCGCUCCUUUUUACAGGAAAGUGAAACCUCCAAGACUUCUCCUGUAGCCCAGCCCCAGUCUCCCACCCAGAACCAGAAUCAGCUGAAGUUCCAGCACAUCAAACCAUCUAAAAGCAUGGACCUGGUGGCAGAUGAGAGCAACGUCGGAUCUCUGGAUGGCCGGACUUCUGGUGAGGCUUAA